GGUCGAGACGGAAGGUGGAUGGCGGGACCUGAGGGCCCCACAAAUCAAGAAGUGGCCCAAGCUUUUAGCGUGCUCGGUGCCAAGGGGCAGCUAUUGCCUGCCACACGCCAGUGCAAUGGCUUGCCAAUGCGGCUUUGCUGCUGGCGAACACAUCAGAUUCCUCCCCUACAUGUUUAGCACUGCUGUGGCAUUCAUCGACAAUAUCAUUGUGCAUAUGGGAGAGCAGUGACUCCACCCCAUGGCCCCUCCGUCGGGCCUCCAUCAAUCGGCCAUUCCCUCCGACUUUGAGAAGCCCUUCCCAGCCCUGGUGCGCUCCUCGACCGUCCCAGCGAGCCUCAAGUCGCACCGCGCCGACCCAUCCCAUCUGGCCCCCGAGGACGCAUAUACCCCUAUUUCACCACCCAGACAGCCUGGCCUCUUCGAUACCGGUCUCGAUACGCGGCCACGGCACAUCAGGCGUAAUGACACGAGCAGGAGUCGUAGUAGAAGGCGGAAGCGCUUCCAGAAGCUCUUAUGGGUGAAGCAAUCAUAUCCCGACAACUAUACCGACCAAGCGACCUUUCUCGAGAACCUACAGCGCAACCCACGGGUGCAGCCGUAUGACUUCUGGCCCCUGGUCGCCGAUUCGACUGUCAUCUUGCAGCAUGUCUGCUCCGUCAUAAUAUUCAUUGUUUGCUUUGUGGGCAUAUUUCAGGAGAGGGUGAGCCCCGUGUCGGUAGUCGGAUGGGGGAGCUUUGCAACGUUUCUCGGUUGGCUGCUAUGGGAUUGGUGGAUGACACAGGAGGACCAGACCGGUGCUGGCGAAAGCGGUGACAUGACAAGGAGCAUGCGGGAUGGGCGAAUUUACAGAGAAUACCGACCCCCUCGGCGACAAGACUCUUUACCUGGGCCAAGUCUUCACCAACCAUUGCCGAAUAACAUCAGCACAGCUAGCAUAUCGAGCACCUCGAACCUACCAUCAGCAGCCAGCUCGACUACCAAUCUCCUCCAAUACAACCACCGACCAAAUCCGACACCUCACCAGCAUCAUGAUAAUACCUCUCACAACUCAACAGCACCUAAGCUCCUGACUCCAGGACACUCACACUCGCACUCUGUCUCCUCAGUUCACUCGGUAACAUCGCAGAACAGCGCCAACUCCCCAACCAGCACCAGGGGUCCAACCCACGACUCCGACCCAGACUCCCUCCCCAACACACGCGCGUACCUUCGCGUAUCAACCAUCAAAUCCGCCAUCCUCAUCUACUUCACCUUACUGGGCUUAUCCCCCAUCCUCAAGUCCCUCACCCGAUCCACCUCCUCCGAUUCCAUCUGGGCCAUGUCCUUUUGGCUCUUAGCAAUCAACAUCUUCUUCUUCGACUACUCAGGCGGCACCCCCUCCCACAUCUCUGGCCCGCACAAAACCAAGAAAAUGCCGGUCGCUUCCUUGUCAACCAACGCCGCUCUCAUGGCGUCCACCGUCCUUGCCUCCCGCCUUCCCUCCACAGGCCAAGUCUUCUCCCUCACGCUCUUCAGCAUCGAGGUGUUUGGCCUGUUUCCAGUUUUCAGAUCAUACGCUAGGCACCGAAGCUGGCGGUAUCAUUUUCUUUUGACUGUGCUGUUGGUUUUGGGAGCGGGGGGUGGAGUGGGGAUCAUAUUAGGGGAGGCACCGGCGACGUCGUGGCCAUGGAAGAGAGGACUGGCCGGGAUGGUGAUUGGGUGUUUGAUCAGUGCGGUUGCGAUUGGGGGGUGCAGUUGGUGGUUGAUUGGGAUGCAAAAGUACAAGAAUGAGAUUUAUGGGCCGUGGGAUCCGGCGAGGCCCAUCAUUAUCAGUAGGAGGCAUUGGGAUGAUGAUUAGAUAGAAGGGAUAUGUUGGUUGGGGGAGUAAAUAUUUGGAUAGAGAUGAAAAAUAGUAGAUUUUGAUUUUAUCGGA